GCAAUCAUUCUGGUGCCCCCUCCAUCCCGAGCGAACAGAACUGGGCUGUACCACCCGGCGUGGUCCGGCGGGAGGGGAGAGAGAGCAAGAAGAAGAAGCAAAGGAGAGGUUGGGAGAUCGGGUGUGUGUGGACUCCUAUCCCUCAAUGCGCGUUGGUGAUGGCAUCAUAUCCAUCCUGUCUCCCGAACCACCCUCGGAACAUACACACACACACACCCCUUUUUUCGGUUGCGGGAGCCUGAAAGGAGCGAGGCCACGCCCAUUUCUCUCUCUGUCUCACUCGCUCGCGCGCACACGCACACACACGAGCGCGCGCCGUCCCCGUCCCCCUUCUCUCUCGCGCUCUCUUGUGUUUCUAUUGUGUCCGCAUUUUUUUCCCCUCCAUCCUCUCGGAGCGCACGAGCCAGCGAAGAGGAGGGCGUUUGGAGGGGAAGGAGCCGCCGCCACUCGAACUUCAAACCCAAACGGACCCCCCGCUUGGCACGAGCCCAGGAGCAGGAGGCGCAGAAAGGGGGAGGGGCGCCGGCGGGCGGCGCGAGGAUGUGAGGAGCUGGAAGAGCCGCGAGGGAGAGGCAGGCAGCGCCAGCCAGGCAGGGAGACGGUGUAAUAGCUUUCAGGAUGCCGCUGGUAAAAAGGAACAUAGAUCCUAGGUAUCUUUGUCAUACAGCACUACCACGGGGCAUCAAGAAUGAACUGGAAUGUGUUACCAAUAUUUCCUUGGCAAAUAUAAUCAGACAACUAAGCAGCUUAAGUAAAUAUGCUGAAGAUAUCUUCGGUGAGCUUUUCAAUGAGGCACACAGCUUUUCUUUCAGAGUGAACUCCUUACAAGAACGUGUAGACCGUUUAUCUAUUAGUGUUACACAGCUUGAUCCAAAGGAAGAAGAACUUUCGUUGCAAGAUAUAACAAUGAGAAAAGCUUUCCGAAGUUCUACAACCCAAGAUCAGCAGCUCUUUGACCGCAGGACUCUGCCAAUUCCUUUACAAGAGACUUAUGAUACAUGUGAACAGCCUCCUCCACUUAACAUACUUACCCCUUACAGAGACGAUGGAAAAGAAGGUUUGAAGUUUUAUACAAAUCCUUCCUAUUUCUUUGAUCUAUGGAAAGAAAAGAUGCUACAAGACACAGAAGACAAAAGAAAGGAAAAGAGAAAGCAGAAGCAGAAGAAUCUAGACCGUCCUCAUGAACCGGAAAAAGUGCCACGGGCUCCUCAUGACAGACGGAGAGAGUGGCAGAAGUUAGCCCAAGGCCAAGAGCUUGCUGAGGAUGACGCUAGUCUCUUACAUAAGCACAUUGAAAUUGCUAAUGGUCCUGCCUCACACUUUGAUACAAGACCCCAGGCAUAUGUGGAACACAUCGAUGGACCCUAUUCUCUUUCUGCAUUGCCAUACAGCCAGAUGACUGAACUACUGAACAGAGCAGAGGAACGUGUUUUAGUAAGACCACAUGAGCCACCUCCACCCCCACCCAUGCAUGGAGGAGGAGAUGUGAAACCCAUUCCACCCUGUGUUAGCUCCACUGCAGGUUUGACAGAAAAUCGCCCCCAGUCACCUGCUACGGGCAGAACACCAGUAUUUGUGAGUCCCACUCCUCCACCGCCUCCUCCACCCCUUCCAUCUGCUUUGUCUACUUCUUCAUUAAGAUCUGCAAUGACCUCUACUCCUCCCCCUCCAGUGCCACCACCUCCACCUCCUCCUACAGCCGCAUUGCAACCUCCCGCUGUCCCUCCACCACCAGCUCCUCUCCAGAUUGCUCCUGGAGUUCUUCAUCCUGCUCCUCCUCCCAUUGCACCUCCUUUAGCACAGCCCUCUCCACCAGUCACUAGAGUUGCCCAAGUAUGUGAAACUAUUCCAGUUUCACAGGGUGAAAUUCAAGGACUUCCACCGCCUCCUCCCCCUCCUCCACUGCCACCUCCAGGCAUCCGGCCCUCAUCACCAGUUACUACCCUCUCUCAUACUCCUACAUCGGCUGUCUCCGGCUCUCAUGUUCCCAUAAUGCCUCCAUCCCCACCAUCACAAGUCACUCCUGCUCCUGAACCCAAACGCCACCCAUCAACACUGCCUGUCAUCAGUGAUGCAAGAAGCGUACUACUCGAAGCAAUACGGAAAGGUAUUCAGCUACGUAAAGUUGAAGAGCAACGGGAACAAGAAGCUAAACAUGAGCGUGUUGAGAAUGAUGUUGCUACCAUAUUGUCUCGUCGCAUUGCUGUGGAAUAUAGCGAUUCAGAAGAUGAUUCAGAGUUUGAUGAAGUUGAUUGGUUGGAGUAGAACGCAUACAUGCUACAAAACUGAAUGCUGAUGUCUCUUGUGGUGCUUGUUCUUUGAAAAUGUUUGGUCAUUUCUAGUGUUUUUUGUAUUUUCUUUAUAUAAUCCAUGUUUUUCUACUUUUCAGUUCAUAAAAUGCUGGCACAUAUUUGAAACUAAAUGUUUUACAGUGAAGACAGCUCUUUAAAAAGAGCUUAAUUUUGUUCCAGUAGACCACUAAGUAUUAAGCAUGGACAACUGUUAGUAGAGUAGCAGAUUACAUUUUCUGGCAUAUCUUUAACUGUGCACUUUGUGAAUUUUAAGUUAUGAAGGCAAUUAAAAUUGAAGUUUUAAGGGCAGCUGUAUUUACUAAUGAGCCUUACUAUUCUGCUGAUGAUGAUUUUAGAAACAGGAAAGAGGAGGGUUAUUAUCAAGCCGUUCAGUCCCUGUUACUUCUGUGGUACUUGAGUCAAAGAACUUGGAGGAUUGCACCCUAGCUACCACUGCCUUGAUCAAAGCUGUACAUUACUGGGUACAUGUAGCUCUAUCAGCACUGAAAGAGAAAGAAAUAGGGAUUUGGGGGAUGUUUUAUUGUUUUUAUUAAAUAAUUAUGGCCUUAUUUGAAUGUUUUAAAAUUUUCUUUCCUGGUACUAUUGUGUGAUAAUAUUUUGCUUGCUUACGAUUUUAUUUUUCUCCUUUGUGAAACCCUUCUGACUUAGUCAUUCUGUGUAAGUUAUGUAACUGUUAGAAAUAACAGUUUGAUUUAAAUAAACGGUUUGUUUUAAAUGUU